AUGUGGUCUCUCUUCCAGCUGAGCUGCCUGCUCGGCAUAUUGACAUUCACCACGGCUGAGCACUCAACGCCCCACAAUGCAAAUCACAUCUUCAACGCCAUCCACGCAUCCAUGCGCCAAUGGGGCUCUUCGCUGCAUCACAAUGGCAUGUCCUUCUUUCUUGCUAGUGUCCCUGCAGGCACGCAGUUCUUCCAUGGGACCGACAAGUCGACUCCCAUAAUCGGGACCGAGUGGCUCGCUUUUGAGCCCGAACAUGCAAUGGUCUUCGCUGGGAUGCAUGGACCUCCGCCUCGUGGUCCCCCACCAAAAUAUGAUAAUUAUGAUGAGAAUAAUGAUAGCCCGAGUCAUCGCCAAGAACUUCGUCGGCGGGAGCCCCAUCAUGCAGGGUCGGAUGAGAGACGUACCGGCCCCGAAGCUGAAGACGUCGCCGAAGAGGGUGCAGGCUAUCUACACACCUACGCAGCAGCCAAGGAUCUCCGUCUUUUGUACAUCGAUGGAAUGUCUGCUGGAAAGACAGCGAAGGGGACUCUUGACUCCCAAGAUGUGCUUCUUUUCAACGGCUCUCUCAAGGAUGUCCCCAGAAAGCCAGGUCCAGGACCAGGCUCGGAAGGCGAGCGGGCUAGACUAGCAUGUGAGCUGGCGCAGAAUACUUGGGAGGGUCGUAUUGAUGGCGUGCUCCGUAUGGAGGCAGGGUUCGAGGUUAUCUUGUGUGCUUUCGAGCGCGACCUCAUUCCCGUGCGCAUCACCCAGGUCAAGUCCAGGUCAAGGGAAGGAGACGAAGGCAGGCACGGUCCCGAACACAAUGAACACUCCGGUCCAAGGGCCGACGACGGUAAAAAGAGGAAAGGCCCUAGGCCUGGCGGUCCACCCGGCUCCGCGACCUGGAUGCGCGCCAUCGCGGACCGGUACCAUGGCAUUGGAGGCAGCCGUGUAUCAUUGAACUACGACAACUUCGUGACUGCCUUCGCAUACGACGUAGACCUAUUUCCAUCAAACUCAACCUUGCCACGACUGACGGGUCUCUCCCAGUCGGAACUGGAUUCCAUCCGCCAGGACCUAACCAGUCUGAUUUUGAACCACGAAGCCGCAGACCCUUCGUGGAAUUGGCAAACAACGGUGGAUAUGCUUGUUACCCGGUAUAGCAACGAGCUGUCAUACUACGUGUCGGGCAAGAUCGUCAGCAUUGAGGAUCUCCAUAUCGAGAUCGAGCGACUGCUUGCUCCUUUCAUCGACUACGGGGAUCGUAACACCGAGCUCGAAGUUGAUCGCUGUGCCAUGCACUCGAUGCCGCUUCGGGCUGAUAUGUCAACGUUAGCUGCGCGAGCCGUGCAGAGUGUUGCACGGACUACUUGUGGGGCUUUGUUAGGUGUAUGGGAAACACGGGACUUGAAACUAGCUGUCGAGAAGAUCCAAGUGCUUGCCGACUAUCUGGCCUGGACCACAUGGAAGGAAUGUCGUGGCUGCGCAGAUAACGAGAUCUGCGUCGUGCCCAUCUGGCCGAUGGGGAGUGUGGAGGACUACGAACAUCCACAGUGCAGGAACGCAUCCAAUCCAUACGAUGGCGAAGGUGAAAGCUACUGGGGCGAGCUGCAUCGGUGA